AUGGGAGCUUGCGGAUCAAGUGAAUCUCGGAGAACAGACACAGCGAAGCUAAUAUUACCAGACGGAGCGUUACAUGAGUUUACAUCACCUGUAAAAGUGUGGCAGAUUUUUCAAAAGAAUCCCACGAGUUUUGUUUGUAACUCAGACGAUAUGGACUUCGACGACGCAGUUAUAGCAGUCGGUGGCAGCGAGGAUCUCCGGCCUGGAGAGCUUUACUUUGUUUUACCAUUAACAUGGUUGAAAUAUCCAUUAAGGGCAGAACAAAUGGCUGCUUUGGCGGUUAAAGGGAGCUCCGCGCUUACCAAAAGUGGUUGGAGUUGUGGCGAUGAUGGUGAGUGUAGUAGAGUUAAGAGAGUAAAAAGAAAUAGUUGCGGCGGAAGAGGCUGUGGUAGUGGCGGUAAAGGGAGGAGGAAGUUUACGGUAGAGUUGAGUUCGAUAGCUGAGUAG